GAGACUAAUGGCAACAGACCGACUAGAGGCAAAUCAGUCGAUAAGUUUCCAUAACAAGACUUUGGAAGGACCAAGUCUCCUGAAAUUUGAUCAAAAUAGCUCUAGAAAGAGAAUCAAGGGAGGAGUCAGUGGUGCUGAAUUUGAAAAAUUGUAUGGUCACAUUAGUGUUACCAAACAGCCCAGCUUUAUGGAAAGAAAGGAUAGUUACAGAGGGAUUGGGUGGGGAGUCCUAAACUCUAAGCUUACCACUCUUCCAGCUAUCUCUGACAAUCUUAAGCGCUUUUUAAAGCAUAGGAAAUCUGAGGAGGAAAGUGUGACUCAAAAUUAUCUGAAUUCGCCUAUCAAAUUAGAGAAUAGAGGCAUAGCUCCACAAGAGUCCCAUCAGAGCAUGUCAAGAAAACCUUCUCUUAACAAUCGUGAUUUUGUGAAACAGAUUGACAAAGAAUACAAAUCAACAGGUGCAAGUGGGUUCUUGAGGUUGAAUGGAUCUUUUUCUAACCAUGUUGACAAGAAGUUACAGCUGAAGCCGGAUCUAUACCAUUCUCUCAACAUGAUGAGCCAGAAGAAGGCUAUCUUCAGAAAAUUUAACAACUCAGUCAAUGCUUUGUCAAAGAAUGCUGGAGACACAAAAAGCAGUCAUUUCACAAAAACUAAUAGUGACAAUAUGGCCUUAGGUGGCUCCUCAAAAGUAAUGAUGAUGUACAACAGGUGUGAGAAGCAUGAAAAUUGGAAGAAAUUCCAAAUCAAGAGAUCCCAACACAACUUGAGUCUGAGGCAUAGUCAGGUUACUAGCACUCUCCCAGCUCUCAAAUUUCAGAAGGAGAAGCUAUUUAAGCCGAAAAAGACUUUCUCAAGGCGGAAGUCAUAGGUAAAUAAGCGCUAAACUUA